UAGUGUUACAAAAGUUUUAGUUUGUUCCCAAAUAAAUUCAGACAAAUUUCAUUUUUCUUUUAUCCAUUUGAAGCUUCACGAAAAUGGCAACUACGCCACCCAAUUUCAUUCAACCCGACCCGACAACCGUCCCACUUCUCCGACGCCGUAUCGACACCGGAGGUGGCCGCCGUCAGUCCUCCCUUUCCAUCCUCCUCAGACGCGUCACCGGUCGGCGCGCCGGCGGCGGAGUCGGGGGCGCGUCGAUGCUAGUUCGUGAGACGGCAGCGCGUGAGCUAGACGAGCGGCGAGCUGACUGGGGAUACUCGAAGCCUGUGGUAGCUUUAGACAUGAUGUGGAAUUUGGGGUUUGUGAUUGUGUCAAUAGUGAUUUUGUGCUGUGCGGUUGAUGAGAAGACGAAUGUUCCGAUUAGGAUUUGGAUUAUUGGGUAUGCGGUGCAGUGUGUGGUGCAUGUUGUGCUUGUUUGGAUGGAGUAUAGAAGGAGGAGUUUAGUACAAGGAGGAAGAAGUGAUGAUGUGGAAGAGGGGAAUGAGGAAAGUGAGGAUGGUGAUGAUAGGAAUGAGGUUUUGGGUAUUGGGAGUAAUCAGUCAAGUGUUGCUAAACGAUGUGAAUAUGUGAAUACAAUGGGGUCACUUAUUUGGUGGAUAGUUGGGUUUUACUGGAUAGUCUCUGGUGGCGAAAUUCUUUUACGGAAUGCUCCACAUCUAUACUGGUUGGCAGUUGUAUUUCUGGCAUUCGAUGUAUUCUUUGCCAUCUUUUGUGUUGCUUUGGCAUGUCUGAUAGGAGUUGCUCUUUGUUGCUGCUUGCCUUGCAUAAUUGCAGUACUCUAUGCAGUGGGUCAGGAAGGUGCAUCGGAUGAUGAUCUCAGAGCUCUUCCCAAGUAUAGAUUCCAUAUCUGCAAGGGUGAGGAGAAACCAAGUGUAGGAGCUGGUAGGAUGAUACCAAUUGAGACAAGCAACGGAUACCUGGGCAUUGAGCGUAUUCUUUUGCCUGAGGAUGCAGAAUGUUGUAUAUGCCUUACCUCUUACGAGGAUGGGGCAGAACUCCAUGCUCUCCCCUGUAAUCAUCAUUUCCACUCCACCUGCAUUGUGAAAUGGCUUAAGAUGAAUGCCACAUGUCCACUAUGCAAGUACAACAUCCUGAAGGGGAAUGAGCAGGUUUAGAGCAGAGGAAACUGUAAAAGAAUGUAUCACUGUUUCGGGGUUUUAAAGCCACCUGUGGAAGCUGGAAAUACUGCUUGCCGAAUACAUAUCAGAACACAUAUCUGCUUUCCAACUAGCUGAGCUUCCUCAUGUUAUAUAAGAGGUCUUUCCUGUAGUGAAUUAUCUUCAGUUAUAGAAAAAAUGUAGUAACAACCCCACCCAAAAUAAAAAACUAAAAACGAAGAACAGCUGGUCCUUGAUCCAGCUCAUGUAAAUUAUCUUGGUUCCAUUGUAUCCAGUAGGAGGGGGUAUGUAGGAUCUAGCUCUUGUAACUACUAUGCUUUCUUCUUGUGUGUGGUUUCAUCUCCGGGAUAUACUUGUGCUCCUUGUAUUUUCCAGAUUGAGCUUUCCCUCUGAACACAGAAAAGUUGGUGAUAGUUUGAUCCAACUUUUUACUCCA